UGACCGCAUACUGCGCCCAUUCACAGCUUUAGGGAUUUCUACAGCCUGUCUACCUACCACGCGACCGCAUACGUUGACCUACCGUCGCCUAAAUACGCACAGCAAUGGAUUACCAGAACCGCGCAGGUUCCAAAUUCGGUGGCGGUGGUGUCGCCUCGAGCUCAGCAACCAAUGCCGACCGACGAGAGCGUCUUCGAAAGCUCGCGCUUGAGACUAUCGACCUCGACAAGGACCCAUACUUCUUCAAGAACCACGUUGGAAGCUUUGAAUGCCGCCUUUGCCUCACAGUCCACCAGAACGACGGUUCAUACCUAGCGCAUACACAAGGUCGGAAGCACCAAACAAACUUGGCGCGACGUGCUGCGAAAGAGCAGCGAGAGGGAAAGAAGGAUGAUGUAGGACAGCAGGGUUUGCUUGCUGGCGUGCAAGUAAGAAAGAAUGUGAUCAAGAUCGGCCGCCCCGGAUACCGGAUAACAAAAGUUCGCGACCCCAUCACCCGUCAGAACGGCCUUCUAUUCCAGUUCCAGUUUCCAGAUAUCACUACAGGCACCAUUCCACGUGUCCGGUUCAUGAGCGCAUACGAACAGAAGAUCGAAGAGCCUGACCCAAACUACCAGUACUUCAUCGUCGCCGGUGAGCCGUACGAGACAGUUGCUGUCAAGCUGCAGGCACGUGAAGUGGACAGGAGGGAAGGCAAGUUCUGGACCUGGUUCGACGACGACAAUAAGGAGUUCUGGUGUCAACUGCUCUUCAAGACUGAGCGCGACGAGCGAUUCAGCGCUGUCCCUGGUCUAGCACCUGGCCGCAAGUAAGCCUCAGACGGGCCUCAGAGCGCGCGUCUUUGACAGACACUUCGAGAAUGGGCAAUUCGGGACAACUUAGUCUUUACGAUUACCCAUCGCACCUCCCAGGAGAGCAACGUGGCAUUUGCAUGGCGUUUACGGCAGUAUGGAUUUCUGGAGGUCAAAGGAUUUU